AUGUUACGACCAGGCCUCGCAGCGGUGCGGCCGUUGAUGCGGCCCCGGGCCGCAUGGAGACCUCACCUCACGCCGCACACGCUUCCCCUCCCACCCGUCACUCGACUCUCGCGACAGCUCUCCGCCUCAGCACCCCUCCUCAGGCGGGACGACGACCGAGUCCCUCGCGGCCAUGUACGUCCUGUCCGCCGCCGAAUUCGGCGCGACGAGACGUACGGUCCCCAAUCGGGCCAAGCCUACCAAUCCGAUCCUCUAGGCAUGGGCAUGGGUUUUGACCAGCAAGCGUACUCUCCACCCCGGAACGUUGUGGUCCCCGACGAUCCCUAUGGCGUGUUACAGAAGAAUCACGCCGCGUACGAGUUACUGGCGCACGACUCGCUCGUCGUCGUUCGCCAAUUCGAGAUGAUGAACGUCUUCCUCGGUUACGAGCAGGCGAAUCGGUACGCCAUCUAUUCUUCGGAUGGGUCGCAUGUUGGAUUCCUCGCGGAAGAAGACAAGGGAUUUACAGGUGCGAUUACACGGCAGACGUUACAUACCCACCGGCCCUUCAAGUCUACCGUCAUGGAUAAGCACGGUACACCUAUUCUGUGGAUUGAGCGUCCGUUUGCAUUUAUCAAUUCGCGGAUUCGGGUUCGGGCCAAUCCCGACCUCGGGGCUGUUGGAGAGGGUACAAACCCGCUAGUGGGCGAGACACAGCAGCAGUGGCAUCCGUGGCGCCGGCGAUACAAUCUGUUUGAGAGUAGAGUCGACGGGGACAAGACGGUCAUGGACCAAUUCGCGCGUAUCGAUGGCGGACUGUUCGCUUGGGACUUUUGGCUCACCGAUCGCGAUGGACAGCUGCUCGCUACGAUUAAUCGAAACUUUAGCGGAUUUGGGCGCGAAAUCUUCACGGAUACGGGACAGUAUGUUAUUCGCUUCGAUGCGGCUGGAAGCGAGAUCAACAUGCCCCGCGGGUCACAGGUUACUGUACAAGGACAAACCCUGGUUCUUCCAGAGGACAGGCGGGGUUUGACCCUCGAUGAGCGGGCAAUGACACUUGCCACUGCUGUUUCAAUCGACUUUGAUUACUUCUCCCGUCACUCUGGGAGCGGAGGUGGAUUCCUCCCCUUCUGGAUGUUUAGCGGUGGCGAUGGGUCGAGCGAGCAUUCGCGCGGUGGCGAGGCUCCCGCACCCACUGGUUCUGGCUCUGGUACGGGAGUUGGUGGGGCAGGCGCCGGUGACGUCCUCGGCGGAGCGGCUGCUGGUGCGGCGGGCGGAUAUGCUGGUCGCGACUGGACCGACGACGAGAUCUACGGGCGUGCGACCCCGCCAGACGCCCACGGCAACUCGCCUUCCAGACCAUACGAACCCCCUGCACCAGGGCAGCAGGCAGAGGGCUUCGACUACCCGCCCGACUUGCCUGGAGACGAGGAGCUCAUGCAGGACCCCUGGGAAACCCCGGGCAGCGACGACGGCGGCUUCUUCGGCGGCGGUGGAGGAGGCGGCGGCGGCGGCGACUGGGGUGGUGGAGGAGACUGGUUUUAG